AGAGAGACAUCUAAUCACAAUGAUUUUCACUGCCCAAUCUGAAUUACUUCUCUAAAUGUAGAUGUUAUCUGGCAUUAUUUUUACCUGUUAACAAGCUGUUAAUGGAUAAAUACAGCCAUUUUUCUUCACGGAAGUCAUAUGGUAAAGUAAAUAUAGCUAACUGCUUCUGUUUGGAAGGAUGUCCUCUGUUGGAUUUACAACCACCACAGACAAUGAGAUUCCUGUCAGCCUGUCAACAAUGACACUGGAGUAUGUGCCAGUCAAUUACAACCAUAACAAUGAAGGGAGGGCCCACCUUUAUCAUUUUCUGAUGCUCUCCCGCUCCACACAGCCACAGGCCUUGGAACACUACCUUUCAACUCCAAUUCACCAACCCCCCCAAGCCCCCUGAGUGUGAUAGCAAAGCCACUCCCUUCACAGUGAAUUAUAUUUAGAGCCAUGCCACGCAAGACUUAAACCCACCCCCCCAUUGGACUACUUAGACGCCACUCAGUCGUAAAGAAACAUCACUUUAGCAGUGGGCCUUAUUAUUCUCAACAGAGAGUGAGUGUUGUCAUCCUAGCUAACUGACACAGUGAAAGAGGGUGCUUACAGAGGUCCUAUUGGUGUUUACUUUUACAGAACACAUUUAUUGGGCGUUAGUAAGGAGAUUCAACAAGAGCUGAAAACUCGUUGAAACCAUUUGGAGACAAGAGCGCUUAACAUUAGCAGUGUAGUGUCAUCACUAUCAAAGGACAUGGCCUUGUCGGGGACAGGAGUCCCACAGUGUAGACUGUGAUAGCGACCUAAGUGGAGACGCCACUACUGGAUCUGCAAUUUCACUGGAGAUGAGCAUUAUGGGAAGGUUCCUGUUUCAGAUCUCUCUGUAAAACUGAGCCUAUGAGUGAGCCACUAUGGCGGACUGGAACUUGUUGGGCAAGCUUCUGGAGAGCGCCCAGGAGCAUUCCACUGUAGUGGGCAAGGUCUGGCUGACCGUGCUCUUCAUCUUCAGGAUCCUGGUGCUAGGAGCUGCAGCUGAGAAAGUGUGGGGUGAUGAGCAGUCUGGCUUCACCUGUGACACCAAGCAGCCUGGUUGUCAGAAUGUCUGCUAUGACAAGACUUUCCCCAUCUCUCAUAUCCGCUUCUGGGUGCUGCAGAUCAUCUUCGUGUCCACGCCCACUCUCAUCUACCUGGGCCACAUCCUGCACCUGGUGCGCAUGGAGGAGAAACAGAAGCAGAAGCAGAAAGACUUGGCUGAGCAACUGGCCAUCCACAAUGACAAGCAGCAGCUGCUGCCUGACGCCAAACCCAAGAAGCCCCCCGUCCGAGACGACCUGGGCCGCAUCCGCCUGCAGGGGGUCCUGCUGCGCACAUACGUCUUCAACAUCAUCUUCAAAACCCUGUUCGAGGUGGGAUUUAUCAUAGCUCAGUACCUGCUCUAUGGGUUUGAGCUGAAACCGCUGUACACCUGUAACCGCUCACCCUGUCCCAACGUGGUGAACUGCUACAUCUCCAGGCCCACAGAGAAGACGAUCUUCAUCCUCUUCAUGUUGGCAGUGGCAUGCCUAUCACUGGUGCUGAACAUAGUGGAGAUGUAUCACCUGGGGUUCACCAAGUGCCGCCGGUACAGACACGUCCAGUCCACAUGUGAGACAGGGUCCAAGGCCCCCAGCGAGGCAGUGGUGCCUUCUGUCCCAAACUAUAACUACUUCCCCAGGCACCACCCAGCCCCUGAUCCCUACCAUGCAGACCAGUACAUCUUGAAUGAGCCCGACUCUGCCUACCACCCCUACAACAGCAAAGUGGCUUACAAGCAGAACAGAGACAACCUGGCCGUAGAGAUGAACAGUAAACCAGAAGGGGGUGACACCACAGAAAGGAAAGGCUCCAGUUCUGCUCCAGAGUCACCUUCAGAGAAACAACGGCGACCCAGUCGAUCCAGCAAGCACAGCAAUAGUAAGACCAGACUAGAUGAUCUGAAGAUCUGAGGGACAGUUAUGGCACAUUUCCACCACUGGGUUUUAUACUGGUGCUUGGCCUAAAGACUCAAACUUUUGUGUUACCACCUCAGAGGUGGGGGGGGGGGAGUAUUGGGCCAUGGCCCUACUGACUUGUGUCCAGAGUAGGACUUCUGGAGAAGCAUUAACAUAAUGGUUAACAGUUAAUGUAAUAAUUGAGCCGUUUCCUUCUCAAAAGCAAAUGAGUUUUCAGAGGUUGUUGAUUCUGCUCUACACAAGUCCUCAUUGUUGCUUUGGAAACAAUUUCCGUAGUAUAAUACCAGGGUGUAUACACAAGCGUAACACCUUGUCACAGUCAAAUUUGUACAAUAUACAUUUCACCCUGUACCAGAGUAGACAAUGUGCCUUUGAUGGAAAGCAUUGUAUCAGGAGAGCAAGGUUAGGGAAGGAACAAUAUGGAAGAUAAUCUUAUUUCCUCUUAUAACAUUCUUGAUCAGAAUGGACAAUGUCUGUCUUAUCUAAAACAAUAUAUACCAGAUUUUACUUGAAUUAGAAACCUUCUAAAGUGGGAAUUUGAGGGGUGAAAACAGACUUAAAAAGCAGGAUAGAUCACCUCAUUUGUCAGGGGCCAGUAACAAAAACCUUCUGUAGAGGCUUAUGAUCAUUUUGUUUAAUUGUUCAAGGUAGUUAAUUUUCAUGAAACAUUUUACUCCUGAAAAUGUAACUUCUCCAACUGAAAAGGAUGUCAGUUGCUAUGUGUAGUGCUAGAAACAGAGGUGGGCUCCUGUUCUUCUUCAGUUAUGUUACUGUACAGAACAAUCCCUUGGUCAACCGACGAGACCCAAGUCUGACUCGCACAACUCCCAGAGGUAAAGGACGAGUGCCAUAUUGCUAACUGGUGAGGGUUGCCAGUGAGUCUGUAUGCAAAGAGAGGCCAAUCAAAGUCCAAAUCUUCAUAAAUGAGUUAGUUUGGGUAUGCAAACAGCAAUUGUUGGAGGUUCGCUCUCAUCACCCAAACAUUUGCCAUGCACAGUAUAAUAUGUUAAAGUGUUCCAAAACAAGCUGUUUCCUUAUGAACCCAUAAUAUGCUGAUUAUUCUGACUGGAAAUAAUGCCAAAGCAAUUGCUCAUCUGUGUAAUACUUUUGGCACAGACUACCCACUAGAAAGUUUACAUUUUUCUGUUAAGAUACAGCAUGCAUUUGAUUUUACAACCAUGAAUAGUGAACUGUUGUUUAUGAAGAAUUUGUACAAGACAUUCAUUCUUGAUUCCUUCAAUUAGAAAAAGACAGAAAAUAAACUUUAUAGUACAUAAUCAACUUUUCUCAAGACAUUCAGGACAUAAAAUGCAUUAAACCGUAAGUUUGUAAAUGAAAGACAAUCUAAGCAGGAUCAAAAAGUUUAAAAUAAAAGAUUUCUAUCAUGAA